AUGAAGACAACCUCAGCGAAUACGAAGAAGCGAUCCAGCUCAGUGAAGACGAGCUCAGUGAAGUGUCCAAAGUCCGAGGAUUCACAACACUUUAGUGUUACACUCCACCAUGGGGGUGAAUUUUACAGGGUUUUUGAAGAAGAAAUUAUAUACAGAGGGGGUACGGAUACGACAGUUAAUGGGAUACAUGUUUCAAAUUGGAACAUGGAUAACAUUGAGAAGUUGUUGAGUAGGUUAGGGUAUAAGGCUGAUUGUGUUAGGGUAUGGACAAAAGUUUUAGAAAUUCAAGAUGGUUUUUUUCUGAUUAGGAAAGAUGAUGAUGUUGUUGAUGAUUUUGCUCUAUACUUUAGUGCAAUGAAUGUGAAAGGAGAUUUGUAUGUUGAACAUAGUACUUGGAACAUGGACCCUGCUGAUAGGGAACCUAAAUGUGUGAAUGAUGAUGACCACCCCCCUGAUAAUGGAAUUGAUGGGUUAGAUGAGGAGAAGGUAGAGGGGUUAGAUGACAGUGAAGAUGAAAGAGCUACUGCUUACUUUGAUGGUUUUGAAGGAAUAGAUGUUACUAAGCCUAUUAGGUGGGAGCCCAAUAACAGUAUGGAGGAGCCCAAUAAGAGUAUGGAGGAGCCCAAUAAGAGUAUGGAUUCAGAUGAUGUAUACUAUAGUGAUGAGUUGAAUAGUUCUGACCCAGAUGAUUCUUGUGAUGAAGAAAGGCCCAAGUAUGCUAGGUUUAGGAAAAAGCAUCUAAACAAAGACUUUAUAUUCAAGUGGGGUAUGGAAUUCAAAACACUUGAUGACUUUAGGGCAGCUAUCCGUGAGUGGUCAGUGCUUAAUGGGAGGGAAAUUUCUUUUGUGAAAAAUGAGGGAGAUAGGGUAAGGGUGGUGUGUAAGCAUAAAUGUGGGUUUUUAGUCUUAUGCUCUAAGGUUGGCCACAAGGAGACUUUUGCUAUAAAAACACUUGUACAUAAGCACACAUGUGCUAGGGUUUUGAACAACAAGUCUGCUAGCUCAAAGUGGGUGGCCAAGCAUGUGGUAAAGAGGAUGCAAACUUCUGAUACAGUCAGGAUAAGAGACAUCAUCCAAGAUAUGAGGCAAACAUAUUCUGUGGGUAUUACUGUUGCAAAAGCAUGGAGGGCUAAGCUAAUUGCCAAGAAGAUAAUUGAAGGUGAUGCUGACAAUCAGUAUGCUUCCAUAUGGAGGUAUGCAGAAGAACUAAGAAGGACCAUUUGUGGGGGUUGA